CUCUCUCUCUGAGGCUUUAGCGGAGAUGCGGUCACCGUCCACCACCAGCAAGGACCUAGACGCCGGAUCUCCGCGGUACGGUCGGCCGCUGCCACGGCAGAGCAGACCCAUUCCCAUUGACGAGCGGGCAUCGCCGUCCCGCCCCUCCUCCUCCGCAGUCCCCUUCUCGUGGGAGCACCGGCCGGGCAUCCCCAAGACCUCCGGCCCCCUCACCUCCCGCCCGACAGGGCCCCUCCUCCCCCUCCCUCCCUCUCUCAGAUCCGCCCCCGCCGGCAACUCGCGCAAGAAGCGACCCGUCGCCACCUCCGCCGCUGACCCCUUCGCGACGGCGCUCACCGAGUGCGCCAAGGACCCGGCAGGCCCCGCCAUCGAGGAGCUCCUCGCGAGGGGCGGUGGUUCGGUCGUCGAGCGGCGCCGGAGAGGGCCAGCGGCGGCGUGGUCCGUCUCCGACCGUCUCGGGCUCUUCGGCCUCUACGCCUCGUGCAAGGCGACAUGCGCGGUCGCCGACUCGGCCGUCCGCGUUCCCCGGUCCGGACCGUCGAACCGCUGCCCGGUCCAAAGAUAAGGUUUCGGCCUUUCAAAGAAUCUGAUGGUCAUGGCCCUUUUGAUUAGGACAGAGCACAGUUGAGUUGAGAUCAACGUCACCGGAUACACGAUGAUGGCUGAUGUGCUGUUGUUCC